AUGUCGCUGCGAAAGUCCCUCACGGCCCUCCCCAAGCAAGCAUUGAGCGGACAUAGUUGGAGGCAGACAGUGUCAAAAUCACUCGCAAGCUACGGUGAACAUCAGCGAUGUGGGAUGGCAACAACUGUAGCCCCUGUUACACAGGAUUCGAUGGGCUCUCAAGGUCCCACUGCGAUGGUGUUUCUGAAUAUGGGAGGCCCUUCAACAACAAAAGAUGUUGGAGAUUAUUUGAGCAGAUUAUUUGCAGAUGCCGAUCUAAUACCUCUAGGGCGACUCCAAUCAUAUCUCGGGCCCCUCAUCUCGCGUCGUCGAACUCCCAAAAUUGAAAAGCAAUACGCAGCCAUCGGAGGAGGUUCACCAAUUAGAAAGUGGUCUGAGUACCAGUGCAAAGAGAUGUGCAAAAUCCUGGACAAGAUUUCUCCAGAAACUGCGCCACAUAAACCCUACGUUGCGUUCCGAUACGCUGCCCCGUUAACAGAGGAGAUGUACGAGCGGCUGCUAAACGACGGAUUCGGUAGAGGCAAGGGAAGGCGUGCUGUUGCAUUUACUCAAUACCCCCAAUAUUCCUGUUCGACGACAGGCAGCUCACUGAAUGAGCUGUGGAAGUGGCGAAAUCGACUCGAGGGCAAACGUGCGAAUGCAGGCCAGGAGCCCGAGGGAACUAUUCAAUGGAGUGUCAUUGAUCGAUGGCCAGUGCAUUCAGGCCUAAUAGAGGCAUUUGCUCAAAAUAUUGAAGAAAAACUUGCGACGUAUCCUGAAGAGCGGAGAAACGAGGUUGUUCUCCUCUUCUCUGCUCAUAGCUUGCCUAUGAGCGUCGUUAAUCGAGGUGAUCCAUAUGCAGCCGAAGUCGCUGCGACAGUCUACGCAGUCAUGCAGAGACUAAAAUUCUCAAACCCUUAUCGCCUCUGCUGGCAAUCACAAGUCGGACCCUCAGCCUGGCUAGGAGCUCAGACCAGCGACACAGUCCAAAACUACGUUAAAAAGGGCCAAACGGACCUCCUCCUCGUCCCGAUCGCAUUCACUAGUGACCACAUCGAGACGCUCUACGAGCUUGACCAAGAAGUCAUUCAUGAAGCGAACAGUCAAGGCGUCAAACGGGUCGAAAGUUUGAACGGGAGCCCUGUUUUCAUAAAUGGACUUGCCGACAUUGCAGCGGCUCAUUUGCGCAGCGGGGAAAAUUGCUCACGCCAAAUGACGCUGCGAUGUCAGGGCUGUACGAGCGAAAGGUGUCUGGAACAGAAGAAGUUUUUCGCGGGGCCUGAACUUGCCACUCUCGUUCGAUAG